GUUUGACGGUCAGUGUAGUACGAUUUGCCAACAUGAAUAUCGCGGGGUACCUUACACUGAUUGCCGUCGUCAUCAUCGACAAAACCGCGGCAGUCUCUCUUCUCACAGGCGGCAAUGUAAAUAACACUACUAACCAAAAUCUCGUCGGAGUGGAUAGUCAAACCUUGGACGUGUUCAGACAACUGCUAAAUCAAGAAACUAUCAUCAGAAUGAACUUGGUUAAAAAUGUCGACGCGUUGAUGAAAAACGUCGCUGUGGCCGAACAGAAAAUUUCAACAAUAGAAGCAUCCACUGAUCAAGAAAUAUCGGUACUGAAAAAGGAGGUCCAAGAAUUAAAACUUGAAAACCACGUGUUGAAAAAUAAGAGUAGAGUACAACGUAGGCGCCUCGCUAAUAUCACUGGUUACAUGAAUAAAACAGUAGACAGUCUGAAGGUCGAGCUGAAGGGCGCGCAGAUUGAACAACUGAAGAUAUCCUCCGCUGUGACCUCUCUGGAGAUGUUCCGAAUGAAUCUGAACAACAGUAAACUUGAAAGUAACCUUCACCGCGGGAGUGACGUCUAGCAGUAGUACCUGGAACAGCGGGACGUUAGUAUUUCCGGCUGUCAUUAACAACAUCGGGGGUGGAUACAAUCCCAAUACUGGUGUUUUCACGGCCCCUACAGAGGGACACUACGUCUUCUUCGUCACUGUCGUGGAAUAUAAUAAACAGGAUAGCAGGGUUGACAUUGUCCUGAAUGGGUUGUCAAAGGUCAGAACCAUGAGGUAUGCAGAUGCAGCUUACCAGACGGGAGCAAACAUGGUUGUCCUGCGGCUUCAGCAGGGAGACACGGUGUGGAUCAGACAUAACUUUGGCAAAGGUUAUUGCACCCAUAGUAUUCCCAUCACAACGUUCUCUGGCUUCCGCCUCUAACUUACACUUACCAAGGUCAGAGGUCAGAUUGAGUUUGUUAUAUUGUAAUCCGAUACUUAGAUACCACACAAAUACUCAAAUCAACGUAAAUCAUAAAUCACACAUUAUCGUGUGUGUAUCCAAUAAACAUUCUCACGUUGAUACUUGUAAGCAAUACUCAAUGACAUGUUCCUGUGUAACAACCAUUCUCGUGUUUAUGUAUUUUAACCAUUCUCGUGUUUAUGUAUUAUAACCAUUUUCGUGUUUAUAUGUAACAUGUAUAUAAUAGGAAUGCUCGAAUUUGCUUGUAUUAAUUAUUCUCGUAUUCAAAUAUAAUAAUUAUUAUCAUGUCAAUGUGUAAUAAUCGGUCUAUUAUUUAUAUGCAAACGUUGAAUAAUGUUUAUCUGUAAUAAUUAAGUGCUUAUAAUUGAGAAAGAUUCCUUUUAUACUUUUAUACAUUAUAAAAACACGUCGUUUUUCAUGUUUAUAACGUAUGUGGUAAUACCCUGGUUUAAUGUAAAGAUUAAAUCGUAGGUUUUAACUUGACUAGGUUUGCUUUGAUUAAUGAAAGUAAAUAUAGAACAAAAUGAUGAUUAUUUUUGUAUUUCUGAUUCCAAUAAAAUAUUCACAGUUGAA